GUUCGUAGAUCUUGAACCGAGUGAUGUGAACGUUGAAAUGUGUCGUCUGAUCCCCAGAUUCCUCGAUAGAUAUGUUGUGGCCGUUGAUGCACGACGGGACAAGAGCUCACACCUGGUUCCCAUUCCCAACAACACCCCCAGCUUCCUUCCAACGGCUAAUUCCCUCAAUUUUAAAUAAAGCCCUACCAAGCUUCCCAACAAAACCAUCUCUCUCUCUCUCUCUCUCUCUCUCUCCAUGGCCUCAUCCGAGUCCUUGUCGCCCUUCUGCCUCGCCCUUCUCCUCGCAAGCAUUUUGGGAAGCUCAGAAGCAAGGGACUUCUUGGUCGGAGGCAACGACAACGCGUGGCGAGUCCCACCCAACACCUCGGAUUCCCUCAACCAAUGGGCCGAGAAGAAUCGUUUCCAAGUCGGCGAUUCCCUCGUCUGGAAGUACGACGCCGCGAAGGACUCGGUACUGCAGGUAACCAGGGACGCCUACCUGGGCUGCAACCGCUCAAGUCCGGUGGCGGAGCACAAGGACGGGGCGACCGUCGUGAGGCUGCACCUCCCCGGAGCGAACUACUUCAUCAGCGGAGCAGCAGGCGCCUGCGAGGAGGGGGAGAAGCUGAUCGUGGUGGUGAUGUCGGAGCGCCACUCGCUCCGCGGCCUCGCUACGGCGCCGUCCCCGGCGGAGUCCGAGGGACCGGCGGUCGCUCCGACCAGCGCCGCUCGGAGGGCGGUGGUUUUCGGGAGUGGCAUGGCAUGCUCUCUGGUGGUUCUGGGGAUGCUGAUGUGAACCAAGCUUUCGCAGCUACCGUGUUACGUCGGUCCUGAUGAGGCUGCACGAAUUUUGAUGUUUUAGUUCUUGCAUUGAAUUUAUUUUAUUAUUAUGUGACGCGAAGCUCGGUGCAGCGCAAAAGCCAUUAAAAUAUCAACUGUGCUGCCACCCCCU